AUGGAUAUCAAAGGCACUAAAGGUAACAAAGAAUUAAGAAUCAAGGUUCGAGGAAUGGAAAGCCGAUGGGCUUGGGUGAUCUGUGCAGCUGCUUUCAUCACGACAACCAUAACCGUCUUCUCAUUUUCGGUUUUCAUAGACAAGUUGGUUGUGCAUUACGACAGUGAUCACAAAACUAACGGUUUUCUCGGCUCAACACUUCCGUGUAUGUCAUGCGGUUUAGGCUUAGGAGCGGGUGUAACGCUCCAGCAGGUGAUCAACAUCAUCCCACAGUGGUUUAACCAUCAGAAAUCGCUAGCCUUCGGCUUAUCGACGUGUGGGGCUGGGCUCGGAACUUUAUUUUUCGUGAGUCUGUCUCAGUAUUUGAUGGAUCGGUAUUGGUGGAGAGGUGCAUUACUGAUUCUCUGCGGAAUUUCUCUCAACUGUUUGCCUUACGUCCUGCUGUUCAGAAGAAAUUAUCAGGAUUUGUUAAAUCUAGAAGUUGACGACUCAUUUGGCAGUCAAGAAGAAAUAAUUUCUUCUGUGGUACAUCAUUCCACAAACGAUUUAAACGAUAAAAAUUUGAAAAACAAGAAUUCAGCUUACAAUGAAAUGAGUUACGGACAGCCAGCAGUGGAAAUGAUAACAUCAGAAUCUGAAACGAAGAAACUAAGCUCUAAUGGAAACGUUACGCCUAAAUAUGUCUUCAUAAUCUAUCCAGUCAUUUUCAUUCUAUACUUGGUCCUGUAUGUGCCUCAUAUUUUUCUCUUCGAUAGAUACACUAAAAUUGCAUUCGAGCAAGUCGCCAUGUUUGCUGGCGUGUAUUCGGUGGUCAGUCGUUAUUUCAAAAAUACGGUGACCAUGAUUUUAUACUCUCUCGAAACCGGACUGACCACUGGAAUCUUGGAGUGCAUCUUACCGUUGAUAUGUUUGGAACUGUUCCCACUGAAAUUUUCAAUCACGGCUUUGGGAUGGUUGAUGCUCUUUAAAGGGCUUGGUAUUUUAAUCGGAUCGCCUAUUGCAGGGUUACUAUUUGACUGUUACAAAAACUACGAUGCUACCUUCUACACGAGCGGUUUGUGCCUUAUAGCAAGCUCUCUUCUAUCUCUUCCGAUCAUUCUUUAUGGCAAAAAAUAA